AUGGGCUUCAUAUCGUCAAUACUGUGCUGCUCUUCCGAGACUACCCAAUCCAACUCCAAUUCUGCUUAUCGCCAACAACAGUCCAGUUCUCUCAAGAAAAACAGAAGCGUCAAACAUUCCAACACGAAAAGUCGAAGCCGUGACGUACACCAGACAAAUUCUCCCCCUUCUAAGACAAAUUCGGCUGCUACAUUCAGUUCCACUGAAAGAUCCACCGGUAAAUCUGGGAUAAGCACAAACGAUAAUGAGAAAAAGAAACCAUUGUCGCCGACUACAGCCGCCACCGCCACCACUAAUAAUAAUAUGACGAAAGUAGAAAAAAAAAUUAGUAAAGAUGAUCUUUAUGAGGAAAAAUACGAGGUUGAUGAGGAUGAAGAGAUUGAUGAUGAAGAUAACCGUCGUGGCCGUGGCAUUGUACAGGAAAAGGGAGCUGCUUUGAAAGAUACUUCCAAACAGAAAAAAAAGCAACAACCACAACCACAACAGCAGUCGCAGCAGCCGCCGCAGCAGCGAGGGCCUAUUGUGCAGGUGUCGUCUGACCACCUUAUCCAAGAUAUGAACAUAAGCAGGGUAAGCAGCAGCCCUCAGGCCAGUGAAACUUCCAACGAUGCUGAUGACGAAGACGACGAAGGUGACGAAUAUAUCGACCUAACGCUUUUACAGCAGGGCCAGUAUCACGCUCCAGGUUACAACACCCUACUCCCCCCACAAGAUGAAAGUAUAAAGGGCAAGAAAUGCCUAAUACUAGACCUUGAUGAAACUUUGGUACAUUCUUCCUUCAAAUAUUUGCGAUCUGCGGAUUUUGUUUUGCCUGUGGAAAUAGAUGACCAAGUACAUAAUGUCUAUGUCAUUAAAAGACCUGGCGUGGAAGAAUUCUUGGAAAGAGUCGGGAAGUUAUUCGAGGUUGUUGUCUUUACUGCCAGUGUCUCUCGGUACGGUGACCCAUUGCUCGAUAUAUUAGACACAGAUAAAGUCAUCCAUCACAGAUUAUUCAGAGAGGCUUGCUAUAACUAUGAAGGCAAUUAUAUAAAAAACUUAUCCCAAAUUGGAAGACCCCUAUCAGAUAUUAUCAUUCUCGAUAACUCUCCAGCAUCUUACAUUUUUCAUCCUCAACAUGCAAUACCGAUUUCGUCCUGGUUCUCAGAUACUCACGAUAACGAAUUAUUAGAUAUUAUUCCUCUUUUAGAAGACCUUUCUGUGAAAACCUCACUAGAUGUGGGCAAAAUUUUGGAUGUAACGAUAUAA